AUGGCUUGUGGGCUUAAUGUGUUUUCCAUCAUAACCUUAAUAGUUGCCAACUUGAGCCCAUUGGCUGGUGGUGCACCACAAGUCCCAUGUUACUUCAUAUUUGGAGACUCAUUGGCCGAUGAUGGCAACAACAAUCCCCUCCUUAGUCUGGCUAAAGUUAAUUUCCCGCCCUAUGGGAUUGAUUUCCCUGAUGGUCCCACAGGCAGAUUCACCAAUGGCCGAACUACAGUGGACAUAAUUGCUGAACUUCUAGGGUUCACCGAUCGCAUUCUACCCUUUGUAAAUGCAACAGGCACGAAUAUCCUCAGAGGCGUGAAUUAUGCAUCCGGCGGAGGUGGAAUUCGUGAUGAGACUGGAACCAACGUGGGUGGUCGGUUCAGCAUGAAUGGGCAGUUAGCAAAUCAUCAAGUGACAUUGUCACGCAUUGCUACUUUACGAAGAAGCACAGUUGAUGAAGCUAAAGAAUACGUAGGCAAGUGCAUAUAUAGUGUUGGAAUUGGUAGUAACGAUUACAUCAACAACUACUUAAUACCACAAAUCUACCCAACAAGCACCCUUUUUACACCGGAUCAAUAUGCAGCAGCCCUUAUCACACAGUACGAACAGCAACUAAGGACUUUGUACACAGCAGGAGCUAGAAAGGUUGCAUUGUUCGACGUUGGUCCAAUAGGUUGCACUCCAGCAGAGAUAGCCACAUUUGGCACGAAUGGGUCUGCGUGUGUUGAUUUUAUUAACGCCUACGUCACUCUUUUCAACACAAGACUCAAGACGCUUGUUGAUCAGCUCAAUUGUGAUCUAACCGAUGGAAAAUUUAUCUAUAUCAACACCACUCAUAUUAACUCAGGGGAUCCUUCAGCUGCCGGUAUUACAAUAUUAAACGCACCUUGCUGCAGUGUAUCCGCAACAACAGGACUAUGUAUCCCUAACAGCAUUCCAUGCACUAACAGAUCAAUUUAUGCUUUUUGGGAUGCAUUCCAUCCUACUGAGAUUGUGAGUCAGCUUGUAGCCCCACGAGCGUAUAGUGCUGCCACUCCCAUGGACACUUAUCCGAUUGAUAUCCGCUGUCUUGCUCAGCUUCAGCUCUAUUGA